GGUGUGCCCGCCCCCCGCCACAGGCAGCCUGAGGAGGGGCGGGGGGCCGAGCCGGCCAAAGUCCAGGUCCGCGGGGCUGCGCAGCGCGCUACUUAAACCUACGACCCGCCGCAGCCGGCCAAGGACAGGGACACCAGGUCAGUUGGCGGACCGAGUGGGGAGCCGGGGUCUGGGGUCCGGCGGGCGGGGGCCCAGCAGCCGCGUGGCCUACUCGGGACUGGCAGGCGCCGCAACGGGCGGCCCUGGGACUUGUAGUUCUCGGCUCCGCGAGAGGCCGGUGCGAGCCCGGGAGCGCGGCGCUGCGCGGGGACGGGGACUACAUUUCCCAGAAAGCCGGGAAAGCGCGGUCACCGGGGAGGCGGCGCUUCCCGGGCGUGAUGGGGCCGGUCCUGGCGGUUGGGGUCUGCCGCGAGGCCCGCGCUUGGUCCCUGCAAGGCGGCCCGCGGCCGAUGGGGCCGGGCCGGGCGGGGCCCAUGCGCAGCUCGGUGGCGGCGCCCGACUGCUGCGGGGGCCUCGGCAACUUGGACUUCAGGAAGGCAGACCUCUGCGUUAUGACCCGGCUGCUGGGCUACGUGGACCCCUCAGAACCCCACUUUGUGGCUGCAGUCCUCACCAUCGCUUUCAAUCCGCUUUUCUGGAACGUGCUUCACGCAGGCCAUGCUGAGCCAGCCCAGGAUGCAGAGCCUGGACAACCCCUUGGCCUACCGCAUGGGCCUGGCACUCCUGGGAGUGGGCGGCAUGUUUGUCCUUUCCAGUUUCCUGGCUCUGGGCUUCACAGGGACCUUCCUAGGCGACUACUUCGGGAUCCUGAAGGAGACCAGAGUGACCACGUUCCCAUUCAGCGUCCUGGACAACCCCAUGUACUGGGGCAGCACAGCCAACUACCUGGGCUGGGCCAUCAUGCUGCUGACUCGGUGCUGGAACGUUUGGGCUGGGAGGCUCCCUGCCCACGGCCAGGCUCAGGGAUCCGCGCCCUGCGGAUGAGGCCCCGAGCCGACCUCCGUCUGCGUCGCCAGCUGUGGAUGCCAGCAAGCGGCCCGCCGUCAAAGAGGCUGGCACAGGGCAUCACGCUGCUCGCCCCCCAGAGCAGCUCCCGUUCGUCCAUUUUCUGGAUGAGGACUUCUUCCAUAGAAAGUUGUUUUUGUAGAAAGUGUUCUGCUUGAAAACCACUUACCUAGAAGGUUACCAGUGCUCCCAGAGACCAGAAGGGCGACAGGACCCAAAGGAAUGAAUCAAUGGUGGAAGGCCUGGAGCGAGCGAGACGUCCCCUCCCAGCCCCACCUUCGGGGGUGGCCCGGGAUCCAAUCACUGGGCUUUGAGUGACGAGGAGCUAGAGGGGCAUGUGUGGGUCUGUGGGACACCCCCCAACCCCAGUCCCACUUCAGACCAGGCAGCCCCUGCCCACCUGCCUUCAGCCUGGCCCCUUUCACCUGGACUCAGGCAGUGGGAUCCAGUGGGGCAGGCUUCACAUCCCUGACUUACCCACUCCCCAGAGCAUCUCCCACAUGAGACUGGCAGGGUGAACCCCAUGCAGGUCCCCCUGCAGCCUGCCCUGCUAGCACACCCAAUGUUCCCUCCCACUUGGGUCUUUCCAAACCCAACUGGAGAUGUCCCCUCCUCCAGGAAGUCCUCCCUGACCACAUGCCCCCAACACACACACACACACUCACACACACUCACGUUCUUUCUCUGUGCUCAGACGGGGCCUCCAAGGGCAGAGCCACACACUGGGUCCUCUCUGUGCCCCAGCAGUGCCUGGCACCCAGAAGUGAGAGGUCGCUGCCUCCUCAGUGCUGUCAGGCCAGGCUCUCAGGAACACGUGAGGGAUCCUAGGGGGGCCAGGCUCCCACAGACCCCUCAGGAGGACAGCAGGCAUGCGGUGAUGAGGAGGGGGCCUCGGCUGUGCUGGGGAUGGAGCCCUCUGUCUGAGAGCUCAUUAGAGACAAGCCAUUACCCGGGGCGCCAGACGCUGACCCAGCAGGGCUGCCCCAGGCCUUCCGCAGCCCAUCUGUCCCCGACCUGCAGCCCCACGGAUGGGCCUUCCGGGUACCCAAGCAACCAGGUGUGUGGGAGCCCCAGAAGGCCCAGAGCAGCAAGAUUCUGGGGGCACCAGGAACCGGGCCUUCUGUCUCUGGGCCUGUCAGCCCGAGUGAGACGCGCCCUCCCCAGUAUGCACAGCCAGGUCCCUGGGACCAACCCCACCUGCCCUAGGCUCGGGGCCAGGCCUGGGCUCUGGCAUGUGGGUCACUGUGGACCUCAGUUUCCUCAUCUGCAGUGUGGGAUGAUCAUCUCCACAUAGGUUGUUAGGUGCGACAGGUCUUGGAAGGUGGGAAACUUCACGUGGACGGAACGGAGAAGGGCCCAUGUCGGGGCUGACCAGGCACCGGCUGCCCCGACCCUCGCCUCCGUAGAGCCUAGUUAACUCUGCUUCCCAGGCAGGGGCCGUCAGCCUUAGGGAUACAGUGGCCACAGAGCCCUGGCCCUGAGGUCCCCUGGGGGGUCCAGCCUGCCCCUCCCCAGCACCUGGGCUGCCUGGCUGUGUGGGGGAAGCCCUGCCCACUCAGGAAACAGCACCAGGGCCAGUGAGCAGAGCCUCAGGAGGGCAGAUCUCAUUUCAGCCCCAAAGCACCUGUGGCCUUGGCAUCUCCACGUGGCAGUGCCGAGGGCCAAGCGGCCCAGUCCGCCUCUCAAGCUUGAUUUGAAUGGAGCCCAUGGAACGGGAGUUGGCGGUUUCGUAGGGGACACUUACCCUUCACUGUUGCUGGAGCCCCCAGAUGGACAGUGUGAUGUCCCAGCGGGAGGGGAGUGGGCAGGGCAGAGGGUCCCCAAAGGGUAUUCGUGUGUCUUCGAGCCCCUGUGCCUCGGGGCCCCUGGCCUGGGGCUCACGUUCCCCUCUGGCUCCUGGGCUCCACCAGCCAGCUCACCCACCUCUCUCCUCCCCGACUGUCUAUGCAGGGGCUCAGCCCCCACAGCAGUCACCAGGAGAGAGCCCGUGAAGGGGCCCAAGGGACGCUCCGCCUGGCUUUGGCGGCCCUGGACCCACUUCUAGAAAAUAGCCUGAGAACAUCACCUCUGGUGGGCAAGGAGAGCGUUUUUUGCCCCGGGACAGCCUCCUGUGCAGAAGACACACUGACCACUCAAGUGAUUUGGGGAGGCCAGCCAUUCCGUCCUCCCCACAUCACCGUUCUGAGCUCCUGACUGGGGCUGGAGGCCUGUGGACAAGGAGCCAGGCCUGGACGGGCAGUGGCGAGCUAGUCCCCGGGUCAGGGCCUGGACCGUGGAACCCCGGUCCGAGAGAAGGCUGGACCCGGGCCUGCCCCUGACCCGCGUUUCC